AAUGAAGAACCACAACACGAGAGCUUCCGGCUUCCCUGAGUCCGUCCCUCCCGCCUUGCCCGCGCGCUCUGCUCAGCUUCCUGAGGACCAGAGAGGGAAAGGAAGUGGCCUCCAGCCACACAGCCAGGAAGUGUCAGAGGCCGAAUUGGACCCCUUGCCCUUCCGACUCUUUAAAAAUGGCGUUUUGUGUCGUCUUCCUUCCAGCGGAGCCUGUCAGUUCCGUAGUCCCUCCCCUCUAACAGGAGGCAAGGGAGGAAAUGGAAGGAGAGUAAUUAGAAAGAGGAUGCUGAGCCAUCUCUGAAGCGCUCAGCGCAGGACUGGGCACACAGUAGGCACUCAAUAAAUGCCUGCUCCCUCCCCCUGCUUGUCGCGCCCGGGGAGGUGCAUUUUCUCCUCUCCUUCUCCAGGCCAGGCUCGGUCAUUAGAACGAUCCAGCUUCGUGUCAGCUGUGGUUUUUGUUGCAGACGUUGUCCUUUGCCAGGGCUUCGUCCUUUCUCGUGUCGGGUAGUGCCCCCUUCCCUCACAUUCCCUACCGGGUUUGUGCAGCCCCUCCCCAGCCCCUUCUGGGCUCACCCCAUAGCACUGCAGCGGUUCCCUUUCCGUCUUUGGCCCCCUCUAUGUGUAUGCUUAGUAUGGGGAGCCUGUCCUUGUUGCUCAAGCAUUGCUGCCAACGGAUUGUGGGUCGUCUCUGAACUGACCAGGAGGAGAGUGGGCUGGAUUGCCUUUCUGGGACCCCAUGUUUGUCCCUCAAGUUUUAAAGUAAAAGUGAGGGAUCGUUGGGGGCAGGGGUUGGUGCCACGAUGUCCUUCCAGAAAUGUGUGAUAAGAAAAGGCGAGGUUGAGAGGUCAUGUGUUGCUGGUCCCACGUUCUGUUGGCAUCUUUGUGGGGUGUAGAGAGUGAAGGGCUAAGGCCCUUAGCACUUUAGGUGGGUUUCCCACAGUGGCCCUGUGGGAGGCCAGAACAGAGAUGCUCAUGAGAGAGAGGCAUGGAUGUGUCCCAGCCUGUAUCACUUUGGGGAGUGUAGCGAUGCUGUCCCAGACCCACGGGGCCCCAGGCUGGCUGUGAGAUCUCUGGUGAGCCACAUCUCUCUGGGCCUCAGCUUUUUCCUCUCCCUCUGGAUGACUCAGCCCUGUGUGGGGCAGCUUAGGAACGGCAGCUGGAAAUCCAGAACUUUGUAGAUUUUCACACCUCCCUCCUUCAGUGUAUAUAUCAGAAGACCCUGAGUUACAGGGGGUGCCUGCUUUGCCCGCUCCCAGCUACACAGAAAGGUCCUGGCGUGCUGAGGCUCAUGCCAGCUCUCUUUCCACCGGCCUGGCUGUCUCUGCAGCUCCUGCAUUUCCUCUGUCUUGUCUGGUGCCGUGACUUACAUCUUUUGGCCCUGUCACACUUUCCACAUGGCCUCCAGACCGUGAUUCAGCGGGACUUCUUUCCUGAUGUGGAGAAGCUGCAAGCUCAGAAGGAGUACUUGGAGGCAGAGGAGAAUGGGGACCUGGAGAGGAUGCGGCAGAUCGCUAUCAAGUUUGGCUCCUCACUGGGCAAAUUAUCCAGAGAUACCCCCUUGCCAUAUGUGACCCCAGCCACGUUUGAGACCCCUGAGGUUCACCCAGGCACCACCUCCUUGGCAAUGAAGCCCAGACUUCGUGCCAAAGGUCCUGAGGAAGGAUCAGAAGCAGAGGAAGAAGAGGACAAAGAGCCCCUCCCUAGUCUCGAUGCUUUCCUGACCAAGUUUACCAGUGAGGACAAUGCCUCAUUCCAGGAGAUCAUGGAAGUGGCGAAGGAGAAGGAGCGAGCCCGCCACGCCUGGCUCUACGAGGCCGAGGACGAGUUUGAAAAGAGGCAGCAGGAUAACCUGGCCCUCCCGUCUACUGAGCAGCAGGCCCUGGAGAGCAGCCAGGCUGGGGUGGAGACCUGGAAGUACAAGGCCAAGAAUUCCCUGAUGUACUACCCUGAGGGUGUCCCUGAUAAGGAGGAUGUGUUUAAGAAGCCCCGGCAGGUGCUGCACAGAAAUACGCGCUUUCUCAGGGACCCUUUCAGCCAGGCUCUGAGCAAGUCCCAGCUCCAGCAGGCAGCCGCCCUCAACGCCCAGUACAAACAGGGUAAAGUGGGGCCCGAUGGCAAGGAGCUGAUCCCUCAGGAGUCUCCCAAGGUCAAUGGAUAUGGAUUCGUUGCUACCCCUUCUCCGGCCCCAGGUGUGAACGAAUCUCCCAUGAUGACUUGGGGGGAGGUUGAGAGUACCCCCUUGCGAAUUGAUGGGUCAGAAACUCCAUAUGUGGACAGAACUCCGGGGCCCGCCUUCAAGAUCCUAGAGCCUGGACGCAGAGAGAGGUUAGGUCUCAAGAUGGCCACUGAGGCAGCUGCCAAGAACCGAGCCAAGAAACAGGAAGCCCUGAGAAGGGUCACCGAGAACCUGGCCAGCCUCACCCCCAAAGGCCUGAGCCCAGCUAUGUCCCCGGCCCUGCAGCGCCUGGUGAACAGGACUGCCAGCAAAUACACCGACAAGGCCCUGCGGGCCAGCUACACGCCCUCCCCAGUUCACCCUGGCUACAAGACACCUGUGGGCGGUCCUCAGACUCCCACAGGCACCCCUGCCCCUGGCACUACUACGAGGACUCCUCUCACCCAGGACCCUGCUUCCAUCACUGACAACCUCCUGCAGCUCCCUAAGAGACGGAAAGCAUCGGAUUUCUUUUGAGGACCCUGCCCUGGAGCCCUGGGCCGCCUGCCCUGGUCAGGGCACCGUCCCUGGAUGUGGGACCUUUGGGGCGGUGUGGUUUCUCUCAGACUUGCUUGGCUCCCCAUCCGUGGCAGCAGGACACUUUGUCAGGUGGGACGGAAAUGCCUCCCGUGGUAGGGCCACACCUGGACCCAGCUGCAAGCUGGACACUUGGUCAUAGGAUAUUAUGUGCAAGUGAAAAUUGUGGCCGUCAUUAAAAGCUGGACCAGCGCUUCACUGGGUGCCCAUCCCUGUCUGACUGCAUGGCCCUCCCCUCUGGGUCGGCCACGUGGUACAGGCAGGACUCGAAGGGCCUGGAUCUGGGUCAGAACCCUCCCUCCUGAGCCCUAGGAGCUUUGUGACACUGCACAUGUGACACUGUGCACGUCUUAGCCUCACUUCCCUUCUCCAUGAAAUUGGGAUGCCAAUCCUUGCUCCAUCUCCCUCGUAGGGCCUCUGUGGAGGAGAAAAUGCUAGGACCGAGAGCUGUGGGCAUGAUCAUUUGAGUGACGAUGAAUCUGAGCUCCUCCCUAGGGGCUUUAGCAAAGGGCCUAGUGGAAGGAAGACCCCAGUCCAACCUAGCAUCCCCUUCAUGGCAUUGUUCCCACUCUGUAUUGGAGCACUUAAUUGUAAGAGCCCACGCACAGGACUGGACUAUUAAAUUCUAUCUUGGCCUGUCGAA